CAAAGAAACGUAACAAUGGCUCAACAGGAAAUUUUUGAAGUUAUGGCACCAGUUUCUGUAGAAAAAAUCUAUGGGAACGAGGGAGUAGGAGCGCACCAAGACGUAAAUGUGUGGAGGGCUCAAAUAGAUUCCAUCCCUCAAGGUGUUUAUAUGAUCGGGGAUGUUGCAUUCGGAGCACAUACGUCUUCCUUUCCUCUACACGCUGUGGUUCUGGUGAAGCCCUUGUUCGAGUACGACCAUCUUGGCGACAUUAUCAAAGCUCCGUGUUCCUACGAGGAAAUUUGGACCGGCAAGAGGUCCAGGGGUCGACAGGAUGGCUCCUUUUGGCGAGUGCAUGCUCCUCCAGGCUAUGUAGCCUUAGGUGAUGUGGCAUGCAAUAACUGGUCUCAGCCGACCCCUGAAUUUACCUCCAAGUAUGCCUGCAUCCGACAAGAUUUGCUUUCUGCCCAUGCUGAGCUGUCUUCUCCCGCUUUGUGGACCGAUAGGGGCUCCGGAGCAGAGCGAGAUGUUUCUCUAUGGACAGUGCGAGGCUUUUACCAGCCGACUGGAUGUUUUAAAGCCCAUAAAGGUUACCAGAAACCAAAUUUGGAAGUAUUCACUCUACCAGUCGCCAAGAUAUACAGGAAGGAGUGCUCCAAUAAUCUGAAUAACUAACUUUUAUAUCGAUGAAGGUAGUGCAACUUAAGAACUAACUGCAAUCGCUUUUUAAAAGAAUAACAAAACUUGUUCAUCGCCGGUUAAAGAACCUUGGAUAGCACUAGGUAGGACAAACAGGACACUCUUAAAUUUGCUUAGGAACACUUAACUUCGAUUACUUGGACUUUGGAAUUUGCGGGUAACUCGCUAUAUCAGCAAGAAAUAUUUAGCGUACGUCAUUUUGGAUAUGCAGUUCCAUAGAUUUUUCUCAGUUGUGUAUGAGCAUUAUAGUAUCGAUCACAAAGUCUUUUUUAUAUUGAAUUUGAAGCUGAAUUUUGGCUACUCAGAAUGAAUCAUUACGACUUGGCGGGGGUAAUGUAAGCUAAAACCUUUGUAGUGUUCACUGAGGUAUCAAUAAACCAAAC